AUGGUGGCGCUUCAGACGACGAAUCGCAAUCUGAGCGAAGAAGCGCUCCGGCUGGGCGUGGAAGAUGUCGUGGUCUUUCUGGGCCUGGAGAUGCUUGGCACGCUAGCCAUUAUCGGGAACCUGUGCCUUAUUCUGGUGCUGCUCAAGAACAAAUACCUCCAGAGAGCUAGGUAAGGUCGUUUUGGACAGGUUGUGGUUACUAACGGUGAUAAGACAUUCACAAUUAGGUUUGGCUAGGUAAUUGUAUUUUAUGAAUAUAUACAUUACUACUAACAGUAGAGUCCAAGUAUAUACAUUACUACUAACAGUAGAGUCCAAGUAUUUGCUUUAGGAAGUAUAUUUCUUGCUUUCUUACUGUGUUUUUGUUUUUGUAAAGCUGAUUAAAAAGUUAAUCUCAUAAGCCUUUGCUAAAUUACAACCUAAUAGCUUACUAAAUAGACUGGGAAUGAUUACUAUCAUGUCACUAUGAUAUAGUUCCUGAUAACAAUACCUAGAAUAUGACAAAUAUAAUGGAGAAACACCGCCAAUUCCUCAAAACUUUUUUAAUUAAUUUCAGCUUCAUCCUAAUGCUGAGUUUGGCCAUCGCGGAUGUUGUGCAUGGCUUUGUGACGACCUGCUUCUUCUACCCACCCAUUAUCCUCAAGUUUAAUUACGUCCCGGACAUAGGGGUUCGUAUGUUUAAUGUCUUCGACUGGACUGCCUGGAGCAUCACGUUGACGUGAGUAAACAUUUAGUUUUACAAUUGUUUAAAAUUCAUUGUUCAAUUACUUUUAUGGGUAUUCUUGGAUGUUAUAGUGCUUUAUAAUAUCGUAUAUGUAGUUCUUUUUAGUAGAUAUAAAGUUAUUAAUCUCUGACAUACGUCUAUAUCCUAAUUUAUGCUUUUUAAUGUCAUUUUUAAUACUAAAACGUACUAAAUCAAAAGAAAGUAUGGCUGACUAUUUACCUCAUUCAUAACAAUAUUAUGCUUCAGACACAUGUCCGGCAUAUGUUUGGACCGACUGAUAGCCAUCAUGUUGUACGGAAGGUACAAUCUGAUAGUGACAGUGAAACGGGUACGAUGCUUCACCAUCUUCUGCUGGAUCACCUUCUCUUCCAUCAACAUAUUGUACAUCAUCAUGCGCGUCUGUUGUCUGAUCACACCUCUACGCAACAAUCACUUCUACACCUUUGGCUACGGCGAGUUCGAGGACGAAAGUAAGUCAUGUUUAACAUAUUGUAUGGACUUUUGGUAUGUGGCAUGGAAAGAAGUAUAAGCUUAAUUUUUUAAAUUGAAAGUGAUAUAGAAGGCUAUGUCGCUUCACCGAUCUAAAAAUAAAAAUUAUGGAUAAGCAAUGAAUUUAGGUGCAAAGCAAGCCAGUAUCUUUGGUCCUAUGAACCUGUUCACCUUCACAUAUUCUCCAUUGGAGCUCACCACCAUUGCCAUAUUAUCCAUAAGCAAUCCCAUAACGUUAGUCCAGCUAUAUCGGCGACACAAACGGAAAGUAGCCUUGAGGAUGUAAGUUACACGGUUUUUACUGUAAAUGUAAACUAUGGGGAGUAAGAAUGUAAAAUAUUAACAAGGCUAACAAGGAAAGUACCCAACCUGCAACUCUCAGAAUUAGCUCAAAAUUUUUAUACGGAUUCUUUGUAGUACCAGUAGCACGUAUAAAAAAAUUUAGCUUGCGGUUUUAAGUUUUAAAAUUAAUAUAUUAAAAUUUCCCGUCAAUUUGGCAAAUUUGGCUUUGUGUUGCAAGCACUUUUUUUGAUGUUCCAGAUAAGAUAGGCUUACAAAUUUAAAAUUGUAGGUUCAUUUGAAGCUUUUCUAUCAUUAUAUUAAAGAAAAAUAGUUAAAAGUCAAAAAAUGAGGAAGUUAUAAGCUUGAAACGCUAUGCCAAUUUGGCGGGAAAUUCAAAACGCGAUUUUUUGAUCUCGAUUUUCUCAAGACUGGCCGCAAACCGCAACUUAGAAUUUUUCAUAAGAUCUUACAUUUACAUGAUCUUUCAAUAAAAAAAUUUUGAACGAAAUCUGAGCGUUGCAGGUCGGGUACCUUCCUUGUAAGCCUAAGCUUGUUUCGAAAGUUUUUAAGAAAAAUGGCACAGUCCAGCCUAGUUUCGGUCAGAAAUAUAAAUAAAAGUAGAGUUUAAGCAUUAAAACAAACGAUAACUACAACUCUGGUCAAAAAAUGCAUAGAAUCCUUGAAAAAUUACUAAAAUUUGGAAAAAUUUUAAAAUUUUAAACUUUUGAACCACCCACAUUUCUAUGAAUUUUUUGACCAAUUCGUGUCAAGUCAAAGAUACUACGGUGUUACCUAUUUUAAGACAACACCCGCCGCGUCCGAAUCAACAGUCCGUGUCGGUUAAAGCGCGCACCCAAUGGCAGAGGUACCUUUUCUGUUUCUUAGGCUUAUUUCCUCCUAAGUUCUGUUGCGAUGUGCGGCUAGCGGUCGCCAUUUUGACAUUGGGCUAUUGUCCUUAAAGCUGGGUCUACAUGAGACACAUAUUUUAAUGUUAGAUGACAUAAUGUGUUACCAUUUUGACAUUAUGACAUACUUUCCUAUUGUCGUGGUGAAACCGUUAGUUUGGCGCAUCGACAACCCAACACUGCUUUUGGUGCACUUGGUACAUUCUUUUGUUUUCUUCUUUCUUUAUUUCUUAAAAUCGAUUAAUACUUUCGCAUGUCUUUAGAAUGGAAAACAAACUUAAUAUUACUUUCAAGACCAAUAUGUAUAUAUUUUCGAAUUUUAAAAAUCAUUUUUAAAAGUUUUUAAUAUAAAAAAGUACCAAGAUUAAUAAUUUCGCCACUGUUUUGAAAACGAUUACCUUCUGAUUAUCAGUGCUUGUUUCCACCUUUUAUCUGCCAGCUUCUCCACCGUACUGCCUACUGUAAUUCCACUACUUUUAGCUUUCGUGGGCUUAAAGCAGCUACAGUACAUCGCGAAGGGUUUGCGCUUUUAUUUUUUUUAUUUUCUGAGUGGUUUUGGCGUGGCGCACGUUUUUGUCGUACUUUGAGUAUUAGCACAGCACCAGUUUUAACUUUGGUUUGCUAACAGUUUGAGUGCGGUUUUGGUUGGUUUUGCUUUGGCUCAAAGGUUUGUCAUCGGAUGACAUGCUUUAAGUCUAUUAAAUAUGUCAUCGGAUGACGUGCUUGAGUGCUUUACAUAAUUUGUCAUCAGAUGACGUGCUAUAAGUGAUGGUUCAUCGGUGACAUACUACUGACAUACAGAAAAUGUGUCAUCAAUGACAUAUUAAAAAUGUGCAGAAAAUGUAUCAUCUGAUGAUGCCAGUGCUUGAAAAGUGUGUGAUCUGAUGGCAAAUGCUGGUGAAAUGCUUAACGAGUAUGUUUAAGGGCGUCCACCAUGUUGUUGGAGAUGUCCAUGCGAAUGGGCUCCAAACAUCUUCAGAACGACGUCAGAGAGCUGGCUUCCAGAAGGGCCAGCAGGCAACAACAACGAAUACUCUUACAAGUAGGUUACAUAAUGAAAAAUUAUAUGUGAUACCUUGACUCAUUACACUUUUUAUACUCAAAAGUGCCAUUUGGUAGUGCAAAUUGUCACAAAAAGAAUUCAAAAACCGAGUUUCAGAUAUCUGUGGUCGCGGUCAUCUUCUACUGCUACAUGUCGACGUACUACAUGGUAUACCACGUGUUCGAGAUCACGAACAAGUGGGUGGUGCUGUUCAACUCCUUCUUCUACUCCACCACCCACAUGAUCAACCCUGUCAUCUACUUCUCACUCAACAAAGAGAUGCGCAAUCAGUUGGCCAAUGUCAUCAGCGAGGUCCUCACCAAGAUCUGUCGUGUCAAACCGAACGACGAGAACGAGAUUCGGAAACAGUCGUCGGGGCAAAGGUAACGAUCGGUGGUGCUUUAUGCUUUACUGCAUGGCAAUCGUACUUGCAUAGUAAGCGUAUGUGCAUCAUCAGCUUACACAAAGCUUGUAUGCAGAUACGUAGUUAGUAUGUGGUGUGGUGGUACCAGUGUAUCUCGUGACAGUGAACUUGUAUCGUGUACAAAUGGUGUGAACCUCAUUGGUAUGUUGUAGAUGGUACUUUAUGAGUAUGAUAUAUUGCAAAUUAUCAAGAUAAUAACUUAUUUGAUUGUGCCCUUAGGUCGUCGAAUACAAAGGGUGGGGAGAACUCGGUGACUGAGACUUCGCCCCUCUGCCCAUCUAGCCACAACAACACUGGGUCCUGUGCCCCGAUCACGUUAGCCGAGCGAAUGAAACGCCAAGAAAUAAAUAAACAAAUGCCGCACAACAACUCGCUCGCCUCCAUGCCCGACCCGCCCCACUCCAACGGCUUCAUUAAGCCUUCAAACACCGCUUGCAAUGUGAUCGAAGAACAGCCAGUAGCCUCCCUUCCGGAGCCAUCAGAAGACGACGUUCAGCUUCUGAUUCACAACAAACAACCACGAAGGUCGCUUCUGGAAAGCAUCCUUCAGGCCAUGAAGCGGAUGGCUGCGUUAGAACGGGUCACUAACAGAAGUGGACCCACCACCGUAGCCAUGCAUUCACAGAGUCGCUCCAUGGAUAUCAUUGCCAACUACAGCGAAGCAAGGUAACUUUUCCCACACAAAUAUCUAUAAUAACUUCAAAAAUGGCGACAAUGUUACAGUUACUUCAACAUUACCACUAAUAUUGCAGAUUUCUGCUCAAAUCCUCGACCGUGCACGGUCUGUCAGACAUCGAAAACUACAAUCAGCUCGAGUCAGCCCUCAAAGACAGUCUAGUCACGCUGCUAGACCAGUCAACCACAAACUCAGAACAAAACGGGGAAUUCAAUCAGAUUGAAGAUGAUAUUAUAUUUCUCUGA